AUGGACUUUCUACAACAGCCUGGGGAAGCUCCACAGAAGCAGCGAGCAUGCUUGAGAUGCAAGGAGGCAAGGGUGAAAUGCGACAGAGAAAGGCCAUGCUCGCGAUGCAGGAGGCAGGACAUGGUGGACAAGUGCUUGUAUGAGGAGUCCCAGCUUGCCCUGGUGCGAUCGCUAGGUCCCGUUGAGCCUUUGAGUUCAAAAAGCCCCUUCUCCUCAAAGAGAUCGAAAUGCUCCAAGGCUUGCUCGGUCUGCCAGAAGAGCAAGGCCAAGUGUGAGGCCGACAGGCCGUGCAGGAGAUGUAUCCUUCAGGGGUGCGGAGAUCAGUGCUAUCAGGUGGGAUGGAGAGAGUCGCUGGUCCAGGCUCCUGCUGAUGAGCAGUGCGCGCUCCAGGAGUACCAGGAGAGUUUGGGGAAGGAGGAAGCGAAAGGUUUGAAUGUGGGGAGGCGGCCGAGCUCCAGGGAGGCAGGAGGGGAGUACAUGGUGCAGCUUUACGACGGCGAGAGCAGUCCGGACGACGACUUCUUCAACAUGGAGCAGCUGUUCUACUGCCCUGACCCCGUCAUGAACUACUGGAUUAGCAACGUCGACCGUCCGCUCAGCUACCUGCAGAGAUACGCCUGCAUCUCCCAGGCGACUUUCCCGACUUUCGAUCAAGCAACCCGCUCGUCGUGGUUCUUCGGGAUCGUCCGCAUGUACUGGGAGAACGGGACGAACAUCACAAGGCUGAAGAACAUGCUUGCAAGCAUCCCCACUUACCUGCAGGAAGAGCUCAUGACGGGCUUCGCUGCUGUCCAAGACAUCAACAUCCAGCGGAUGAAGGUGCUUGUUUGUCUUGAUCCUGCGGACUUGCCAACACGUUCUCUGCAAUCUCUGAAGGCCGUCAAGACGUCGCCCGAUCAUCUCAACUCAAAUCCAUGCAUGGAUGAGGAAUUCGAUCGUUUCCUCAUGGAAACAUGGGACAACGAUACCGAGCAAGGUACCUUGUGCCACACCUACUGCCCAGAGACUGGGAGACUUCAGAAAGUGUUUGUCUCCAAGACGCUUGCAGAGAUUGUAGGGAGCCAUGUGGAGGAAGUCCUCUGUCGUCUGUGGAAUCGAGAAGCAAACCUUGCCUUGUCGGACUGGGACUGGCUGUGUAUGAUGGUGGACGACUCUGUGCGGGUGAGGAGCUCAGGUCGGUCUGAGCAGGCGGUGACGUGGCAGCAGGCGAAGGAGACGACGAUAACAAGAUACUCGUGCUGGUACAUCCAUCGCAAGCAGCGAACCGUCAAGUGA